AUGUUAACUCCAAAUGGACAGACUCAAUUAUUGACGUAUGACGUUUUGGUGAUAGCCAGUGGUACGAGAUAUGCAACUCCCACAUUCAAGCUUCUUGGUGACUAUUCUUUGACAAUCGAAAGUAUUGAGAAGGUUAACAAAGAGCUUAAAGCGGCUACUAAAAUUGCAGUCAUCGGGGGAGGACCUACUGGUGUGGAAACAGCUGGUGAGAUUGGCUAUGAAUACGGCAAAACAAAGACGAUUACGUUGUACACGGGCUCAAAGGGGCCGCUUUCUUACUUAGGUGAUCACAGAUCUAAACAGGCUGAACUAAAAUUGCAAAAAUUGGGAGUGAAAGUGGCUAACUCAGUGAGGCCACAUGUAAAAGAAGGUAAAGUUCUUACAUUUGAAGACGGAACAUCAGAAGAGUACGAUGUUGUGAUUGAGGCGAACGGAUUGCAGCCCAAUUCGGAUUUUUUGCCAGCUGAUGUUCUUGAUGAGUCUGGUUUUGUUCUCACUAACGAUUAUCUUCAGCUCAAGGACUUUCCCGAGGUUGUUGCUGGGGGAGAUAUCGUAUCUGGAACUGCAAGUGACCUUGUAACUUUUAACUAUGUACAGUGGGGCACUCUUCUGAAAACUUUGGACUACUUAUUUGAUAAGUCGCAGGAUCGGAGGAAGCCAAUGAAGCCAAUCAAAACAACUCAAUUCGUGCCUAUUUCUCGCGAGGGAGGAAUCGGAAUUUUAUUUGGUUGCGGAGUUCCAAAUUUCUUGGUAAGGAUGCUUAAGGCAAAGGACUUCAUGCUUAGCAAAGCUCAAGAGAACUUUUAA